CACUGCAACACCUGUUCGUAGUCUUUCCACAAUCAUUAUGUGUGUAUUAUUUUUUCCGGUCUAAACCUGCGUCCUACAAAUAUCAAACGGCAUUCCACUAUAUUUCUUGAAGCUACGUGUCAAGGAAUAAUGUUUACCUCUCAGACCUCCUCCUUUCAGGAUUCAAUUGACGUGGACGAAAAGGAUGAUUUUGACAAUGAAGAGAUAACAGGAUAUAAUCAAAAACAACUGAACUGUUACUACACCAUUUACCUUUACCAAGGCACCAGAUCUGAGGCAACUGGAGACAAUGUGGCUUGGAGCCAGAGAAGAACAGAGUCCACUACCAGUCAGGAGGACUUUAGUCUGACCCUAGUAGAUAGCAGCCUGCCGUCGGAGGCGGAGCCUGAGCUGAGAUGCUACAUCUCGCGGAGGCUGAGCAAAGGAGCCCUGCUGGGGGGCAUGGGUAACAUCGCCACUGUGGAGCUCAGUGUUCCGGAGCAGGCUGUGGGCUGCUACUGCUGCCUCCUGGAGCAAGAGAGGUCCCCUGAACAGCCCGACGCUGACGGAAACGGCUAUGUCGUGUGUCUCAUGGGAGGGUCGGAGAAAGGCCUCAACCUAUUCAGACUGGAGCUGGACAAAUACGUGCAAGGCAUACAGAGCAGCCUACAGACACCAGAGCUGCAGAAUCUGGAGACAGAAGUGCGGCCUUACCUGAGCAGGUGGUACGAGGAGUCCGUCAUGCACAUGCACCGAGUGGUUCAGCUGGUCCAAGGAAGCAUCAGCUUCCUGUUACAUGCCGCUCUAAGUCACACACCUGUGGACGUCAUUAACACAGAUGACAGCACCAAAGCUGAUGUGGCCAGGUUCAUCAAGGCCGCCAGUCUUCAGGGUUUAGUCCAGGAAGACACCACCACGGCCUCCCUGUGUAAGGCCAUCUCAGAGGACCCACCCAGCGACCUGACCAUAGACUGCUCCACCAGCCCCCCCACACUCUCCAACACCGUCAGUAACCGCUUCUGUGAUGAAUGGAUCCAGGCUUUCCUGAACGCAGCAGAGCGCUUUAACCCCUUCCUCCUCCGACAGAUCCUGGAGAACUUCAAACUCAAGGCCAUCCAGGACAUGAACAGUCUGAAGCGGUUCAUCCGGCAGGCUGAGAUGAGUCACUACGCUCUGUUCCGCUGCUGCUUGUUCCUGCAGGGCUGUGGUAACGGGGAUGUGCUGCUGCAGAACGCCCAAGCCGAGCACGCCGGCUUCCCCGAGGCUUGCAGCAUCAUCCGCGUGCUGGACGAGUUCCUCGCUGAGCAGGCCCCACAGGGCGCCCCCGCACGCUAGCGUCAACGCCACCUGCGUUGACUCCUCCCAGUCUGUCACGUGUUACGUGCAUUAAGUUCCCAUCAGUCUGACGCCAACCUUAACCUCGAGAGUGCUUUUCAUUGACUUGUCCUUGUGUAACUACCUAUGGCACUUUCCACUGUCUCCAUGGAGUUCUACAUGUAUGCUUUUUCCUGUCAAGGUAGCCGGUGGCUUCCUGGUACAAUGAGAAUUUUAACCUUCAAUGUCAAUGAAAAUGUCUAAAAUCAUGGACCAAGUAAGUUGUUGCUGGAUUCAGCAAUAACUCUAAAAACCUAACACUCAAAACAGUUCUGCAUCUACACUAGUAACUAGUAAAUUAUGAUAUAAUAAAAACACUUUCACGGAUGUAAACUAACACACUUAACUAUAAAUCAUUUGUUUGCCAUAUAUUAAGUGUUUUUUAGUUAAGUUAUUUGUGAGUAUCUAGUUUACAUAUGGGUAUUGUGCUGCAAGCUUGCUUUAUUAUAGAACA